AAAUUGGGCGCUACUCAGGAAAGUAUUACUUGUGUGAUGCGGGAUACACGACCAUGCCGGGUUUUAUCUCCCCAUAUCGUGGUGUUCGUUACCAUUUGAAGGAACAAAUAGGAAGAACACCUAAAAAUAGAAGGGAAUUAUUCAAUCUUAGACAUUCUUCUUUAAGGUCUAAGAUUGAAUCUACAUUUGGUUGCUUGAAGAAUCGUUUCAAAAUUCUCACCGCGAAACCUCAUUACCCUUUUCGCGCGCAAGUGGAUAUUGUAUUAGCUUGUGCAGUUCUUCACAAUUAUAUUGCAAUGGUUGACCCGGAUGAUGACAUAUUCAAUGAGACCGUUGAGAUCGAAGAUGAUGAAGGUGAAGUUGCUAAUGAAGAUGAUAAUAAUAUUGUUGAUUUCUCUCAACCCCAAACUCAAAGGGAGCAAGCAGAAUCAAGAAACGUAUGGAAGAAUCGUAGAGAUCAAAUAGCUUGGGAAAUGUGGGUUGAUUAUUGUGAUAAGUAUAAGGGAGGGAAUACUAAUGAAAUAGGCAUGUGAUGCAAUGUGCUAGGGAUGUUGUCUCAUGUUUUGAAUUAUUCUAU